GAAAUUACCUGAAUUUGUGUUCAUUUACCUGAAUUUCUUCUGCAAAUCUAUCUGGAUUUACCUGAAAUUGAGCUUCGGCAGGGAUUAGACCUUUGGGUUAAAGCCUUUCACACAAAAUAGGAGGGGUGAAGUGAAAUUUUGGUGGGGUUGAACACUUUAUUAGAGGGGUUAGAGAUAUUCUAGGGGGGGUUUAACCCCCCCCCUAACCCCCCCAGUAAAUCCGCCCAUGUUCUGAUGUAUCGUAAAGUACAUCAUAAUGAUUUUUCUAGUCUUGGGAAGCCAGAUACAUCUUAUUGCUAUGGUUGUCAAUCGUAUGUAUGGUACCAUUUGAUAUGUCAAGAUUUGAUGGUGAUAUUGCUCAAACCUCUGAUCAGAAACCUAUCACUGAAAGAAUUCUUGACUUUGCCAAGGUGAGCCUUUGGAAGUGAUUCUAAUGGUUAUAUACUGUGUUACACAGUCUUUAGUCUUUCAUGUCUCUGAGGCACAGCAGGGCUUAGCCCAUGAGAGACAGGGUACUGUGGUUUUCUAUAAAAAUUGUAACUGUAGCACUGGACCAAUUUGUACAAACUGUAACAGUUUGUACAAAACAGUGAUAAUGUAAAAAUAUGAUAAUGGCAUUGUAAAAAUAAAGGUUGUUUUUAACCAAAUGUGUGUUUUUUUCGUGGGAAAUACGUUCAUCCAAGUGACCUUUAAUUAAUGCAUAUUCAUGAUUCUUCCAUAUGUAUGACAUUUAAUACAAUCUAUAUAUUAUAUUUUUGUCCUCUAGGUGUAUCUCAAUGUAGUUGACAAAUGCAGAGAUGCUGCCGCAUUAGUAAUAGCUAAGUAAGUAACUCCUUGCCCCUGGUGCAAUUUAUCAAUUUACUCAAUAUCACAAAAAAAAAUUAAACAUGUUCUGAAAUUUUGCAAAAUAAAUAAGUUUCAUUUCAGCUACUGUAGCUGAUUUCAAUAAGGUCUUAAAAACUACUUUGUUUCUACCGGCAGAUUUGUUACCCGACCUGAUGUGAAAACUCGUUACUUACCCGAAUUCUUGACGUGGUCCCUAGACUAUCUUUCCAAAAUUGACGGUAUAUAAAGUUUGUAUAAAAAAGUAAAGAACUUAAAAUGUGAUAUUUAUUGUAUGCUUAUGCAAACACAGUGUCUGUGAUUUAAGUGUGAUCUAUUGCAUUUUUUAUUUCAGCGAGGACACAAGCCGGUACAAACAAAAUGACGGGAAUCUUAAGUACUCUUGUAAGAUUUUAUAAUUAUACUAUUUGUCAAAUUGAAAUUGUUUCUUUUCGCGGGAAUCUUAUGUGUUAUAUAAUGUUAUAUAUUUUAGUUAUCGGUAUGUUUUUUUGUGUAAUAGUUCAAUUUCCAUGUUCAGGGAUUAUUCUUUUGUAUUUUAGGCACUUCUUUUUAAGCACGGAAAAAGAGCCGACUUAAUUACACACGGUAAUUAUAUAAGAGCAGAAUCUUUUAUAUUUUAUGUAACAUGCUCUGACUACAUUCAAAAAUUUUUUAUACGUUUUUCAAGCGGCAAACAAACUUAAGAAGUAUGUUUAGUGCUUUAUUUGUAAAAUUAUGCUAAAAUGAAGAGCUUUACGCUGGUACGCCAAAGAGAAAAUGAUAUCUGAAAUUCGGUAAAUAUUGUAAAAUGAAGAGAAUGUAGCCCUGUGUCUGUGAAGUUCGCAAAUUUUGUAUAUAUUUGUAAUACGCGCGGUAAAAAUCAAACUUUGCAAUUUUACUCAUUUUAAGAUGCUCUUUCCAGCUGUGGUAAUGGAUUUCAUUCUUCUUGUCUAGAUCAAAAUUUCGUCUAUAGCUGGAAUCAACCAUUGGCAUUGUUAAUUCUAUAAUAGCUAUAAAUGUAUGUGUGUUUUUAGCCAGAACAGUUCGUGAGACAGUUGAAUCUUGUGAUAUCCUGACAGUUAAUAACAGUUUGUUAAGAAAACUUUAUGUCAAGUUAAUUCAGGUCAGUGUCGUGUAAUUUCUCCUUUUUUUUUAAAACUCAAAGAAACCAUUAAUUUAGUCUUUCUUACCAUUACAGAGACUGGGGCUUACUUUUUUAAAACCAAGGCUUGCAGCCUGGAGGUAAUGUGUGACAAGUUAUCAAAAAGCGAGGCUCUCCAUUGUUAUGUGUUUCAGAUUCAGAUUUUAUCUCUUACAUUCUGUUUUAUCAACUUAAUUAAAGGUAUAAGAGGGGAACCAGAUCACUAUCGCAUAAUCUCGCAAAAUCUGUACAAGUACGAUAAUAUUUAUUGCUUUGGUAAUGUGUUCAUUCGAAAUUUUAUCACUGACGCUGUAUCUUUUAAAUACUAGAUAAUUAAGUAGUAAACUUUAGUAUAAUUUUUUUCAGGAAAAAACUAUAACAGAUAUCCAGGUCAUGGAAAACGAAAAUGUAAUUAAAAUGUUUUAGCAUGUUACAGUAGUAGGAUGUUACAAAAUAUUAAUUUAAUGUUUCAAGUAUCCAGUAAAUGUUAACUACGCAUUUUAUUUUAGGAAUUAGAUGAAAACUUUGAUGUCCCGGAGGAUAUCGAAGAUAUUAUUGGUAUGAAACGUCUUGCUGUCUUAUCUGCAUCUAAAGGAGCACCGUACGAACGGGAACGUUUUUCUGAAAAAAACCCCGUUACUUUUCGUAUGUUGAUGGCAGAAUAUUGAAAUAUUUCUCUCAACAGAAAGGGUGGAUUUCCACUCGUCGAAAUAUUUCUCUUGAUUUCUUUUGAAUUGUGACCAUCCGAUUAAAUCAGUAAGUCCUCCUUUACCGCUCACAAUUCAAAAGAAAUUGAGUGGAAAUCCAGCUUGAACUGUGAACAAUCAUCUUCAACUUGCUCGAUUGUACCAUAGAUAUCUUAUAUACACUAGAUAGUGCAUCUAAUUAUUCUGCAAUUCAAAAAUUGAAGCCGUGAUUGCAGUCUCAGGUCGUUCCCAUGAAAUGAGAAGAUUCGUAUGUUUUCUAUUUCUUGAACAGGGAACUUAAACAUUAAGUUAACCCUAUUCCAAAUACAUGUUCAAACUAUUCAUAUAAUGAAAGUUAUUGUUGUUUUUAAGCGUUUAUUAGCAAGUGGGAACGACCAACAUGGCCGCCAUCUAUUCAAAUGCGGGUAACCGCUGGAAUAUUCUUGGCUUCAAUUUUACUAAAUGAGAUGCGCUAUCUAGUGUAUAUAAGAUAUCUAUGGAUUGUACGGUGUUUUAUAGUGCAGUCAGCCUUGUGAUUUAUCUCCUAUCAACAUCGUUAAAUAUAGCUUGCCCGUUGGAAAUUAAAGUAAACAAUACGUCUGUAGCAAACUUAAUUUAAAUUUAGUGUAGUAAUAAAUGUAAUCAAUUUGUUGUUCUUUUUCGUACUUUCUAGAGAUACUGUUGAUAGGUUUGAAAGAGAAGGAUACCAUUGUAAGAUGGUCAGCAGCGAAAGGGUAAUAAUUCUGUGAAAGUUAUGAAUUUAAUUUUUGUGACAUAUUCUUCUAGAUUUUGGACUCAUCUUUGUUUGGUGUGUUAUGUAGAGUUGGUAGAAUAACGGGCAGACUUCCCAAGGAACUUGCUGAUGAUAUUGUUGGUGCUGUAUUAGAUUUAUUCAGGUAACAUGAAAGCAUGGUGAUGGUAAAGAUUGCAUGGUUAUAUAAGAAGCAUGGUGAUGGUGAUGGUGAUGAUUGUGGUUAUGAUGGUGAUGAUUAUGGUGUUGGUAAUAUGAUGGUGAUAAUGGUGUUGGUAAUGAUGGUGAUAAUGAUGGUGAAUGGUGAAGGUUGUGGUUAUGUUGCUUGUGAUUGAUGGUGAUGAUGAUCAUGGUGGUGGAAGUUGUGGUGAUGAUCAUGAUGGUGGUUGUGAUGAUGAUUGUGAUGUUGAUUGAUAGUAGUGAUGAUGGUGGUGUUAGUUCUGGUGGUGGUGAUUAUGUUGGUAAUGAUGGUGAUUUUUGUGAUGGUGAUGAUUGUUGUUAUGGUGGUGAUGUUGAUGAUGGUGGUGUUGAUGGUGAUAAUAAUGGUGAAGGUUAUGGUUGUGGUGAUGUUGCUUGUGAUGGUGAUCAUGAUGAUGGAGGUAAUGAUGGUGAUGAUCAUGGUGGAGAUGGUGUAAUGAUGUGGAUGAUGAUGGUGGUAGUGAUGGUCAUGAUAGUAAUGUAUAUGCUUGUUGUAGUGGUGAUGGUGGUUGUGAUGAUGGUUGAUCGUAGUGAUAGUAGUGAUGAUGGUGGUGUUAGUUCUGGUGAUGCUGAUGGUAAUCAUGGUAUGGUGUUCAUAGUCGUAACAAUGAUGUCAGAUGACCUAUUUUGUGUUAUUUUAGUUUUCAGGAAACUGACAGUGCUUGGCAUGGAGGUGAGGGAAUUAAGAUUUCUUGUGUCAAUCUUACAAUUUAGCUUAUUUCGUAAUUCGUAUGCACAUGAUCGUAUUCACUUACCUCGAAGUGUGACCCUCGUGGAAGAUCAGGAAGAAGAAAAAAUAUUGACAAAGCUUGACCACGAAGAUAACUUUUUCACUCUCUUAUAUUUUCUGUGAUCUUUGUUUCAUUAUUAUAAUGCAAAUAUUAUUUUGUCAGGAUGUCUUGCGCUCGCUGAGCUAGGUCGAAGAGGACUGUUGUUGCCUCAGAGAUUGUCUGAAGGUACGUAAUCUGCUGAUAUCUGAAAAGUAUUAACGCCAGUUCUGAAAGUAUUGGUAACUAGUGAAAUAAACAAAUAACUAGUGAACUAAACAUCUUGUUUUUAGUCGUUCCUGUUGUCUUGAAAGCCUUGCUAUAUGAUGAAAGAAGAGGAGCGAUAAGUGUUGGUAUGUGCUUAUGUCCUCUAAUAUCUCUCAGAAAUAUAUCCUAAUGAUUUAUUCGUUAUGUGAUCACAGGUUCCAAUGUGAGAGAUGCUGCUUGUUAUGUAUGUUGGUCAUUUGCAAGAGCAUACGACCCUGUUGAAAUUAAACCUUAUAUUGAAGAGAUUGCUAGGUAUGCAUAAUUGUGAUAUCUCGUACAUAUUGUAGAAUACUAUCUACAGCGUGGAUUUCCAAGCAGCUAUAGUUGGUUUCUGAACUGCCUCAAACUUUUAAAAACACUUCAUCAGGGUGGUUAGAUGUAUCUACGUACCUCAUGAUAAACGAUCUUUUACUAGAAAUCGAAGUUAUCAUGUUCAAUCUUUUCCAAGUAGUUCAGAUAUAGACCACAGUAUAUUUUCAACAUUAGCUAUUUUCAGGAUGGAAACUCAAGUUUAUGCAUUCAGAUUUUUUUGUCAUUGUUUUUUCAGAGGUUUGCUGAUUGCGACGUUAUUUGAUAGAGAUAUAAACUGCCGUAGAGCGGCCUCGGUAAGAUCAAUCCAAUGACUAGCAUCGUAAAUAUGUUAACCAUAAAUACUUUAUUAUUUUGUCCCCUCUCUCAAAUAGGGCCCCAUCUCUAAUAAGACCCCAUCUCUAAUAAGACCCCCUCUCAAAUAAGACCCCUCUCUCAAAUAAGACCCCAUCUUUAAUAAGACCCCCUCUCAAAUAAGACCCCCCUCUCCAAUAAGACCCCACUAUAAUAUGCUUCCACUUUUGGAGAAAGAACUUUAACAACCCCCCUUACGUAAAGUAAAGGGUAUUGCAUUACUUACGGACUUGCAGCAAAUUCAUUAAGCUCCCUCUGGUUUCUCCGACUCUAAUAAGCCGCCUCAAACAACUCAAACCCAGCGUGAACCUAGCAGGCUUAAUAGAGGAUUUGCCGCAACACAACUUCUAGGUGGAAUAAAUAUAUUAUGGUUUACAGGCCGCUUUUCAAGAGAAUGUUGGAAGACAGGUAUGCUUAACAAUAUACAUGAAACGAUCAGGCACUGAAAAAAAACUAAACAGCGUUGGUAGCACAGAGUUGGUAGCAUAUACCAAUAUGUUAUGAGAUUGAGGAAAAUUACAUUAAUUUGGAAACUACGUAUUGCAGAAAUAGAAUCAAAGGCCAAAGAGUGCUUCCAGUUCGACUCUACCAGGCACUGUGUGUUCUUCAGGUACUUCGGUUUCUGAUGACCUUAUAUGAAUAUCUUGCUUUGCUUGGUAGGGUACCUUACCUCAUGGCAUCGAUAUUCUAACUAAAGCAGAUUACUACGAAGUCGGCAAAAGGAAAAAUACUUAUCUUACAAUAAGGUGGGUGGGACAUUAUAAUUAG